AUGAAAAAAAAAUAUCGUAACUCAAAGCAAUCCCCUUUGGCAAAUACACCUGUCUCCCAACAAGAUUUAUUCAUUAAAGCUACAGAGUAUGAAGAACAAGCAGAAAGAUGGUUCCUUUCAGAUAUUAAAAAGACUUUACGAAAUUACCUCUUGGCGUAUGAAUUCUAUGAAAAAGCUCUUCAAUCGAAUUGUUCCCCUUCCAUUGAAUGUACAUAUAAUAUCCUGUAUAAUCAAACACGUCUACUCUUGCAAAUUCAUAAUGAUUAUAUUGCUACAGCAAAUGGUACCAUUAAUGUCUUACAAUACAUUAAUAUGAAAGAUAUGCCAGAUAUUUCCAUUCUUAUUCAACAUACAUUACCAGAAUUGAUUACCAAAUUUGAAUCAAUUCAUUCAACUUUCCCACAACUUGUUGGUUGGGAUUUAGAAUUUAAUUUGAUUGUUUGUUAUUUACAAUUAAUUGAAUCUUCCAAUAAAGAUAUCUUGCCAAUUACUGAUAAAUUUAUUCAACUCUUUCAUCAUUCCAUUAAAUUCCAACUAGAUGAAUUACAUGAAUUAGAAAAUAUCUUACAAGACCAUGAAUCUUCUUCUUCUACUUCAUUGCAACGUGAUACUAUUGAUAACAACGAUCCGUUAAAAUAUGAUGGUUCAGGUAUUCGAACCAAUCCUCAAAACAAUACAGAUAUUGAUCAAACUUCUUCAGAAUUGAUGGAAGUAUCAGAUCAAAUCACUUAUCAAACUCUUACAGAUACCAUCGUAUAUGGUUAUAAAUAUAUUUCUACUAUCAUGGAAUUGUUGAUAGAAUCUCGGUUGGAUGAUUCUCAUGAAUUAACUAUUAUCCAAUACAAUUAUUUACAAGAUUUGAUCAAUAUGUUUCAAUUACAAUUGAAUGAUAUUGUACUUACAACAUCAAAUCAAUUAUCACAAACUCAAUUACAAGAAAUUAUUAUUAAUCGGUUACCUUUAGAAGGUUUAAAUUUAAUUGCAACUGAUAAUAUUGAUGCAUUACAAGAUUUCUCAAACGAUAAUUUCCAAAUAAAUGACCUUUCAACUUUAUCUCCACAACAAUUCGUUGAUUUAUUAAUGAACAAGAUAGAUGUGAUAAAUUUUGCCAUCUCUUGUUCUGAAGAUAAUCAAUCUUUCGAACUUCAAUGGAAUCUAUGCAACAUAAUGAAUAAUUUAUUAAAUUCAUCUAAAUCUCAUCUAACAGCUUUAAAAGAUGCUAUAAGUAAAUCACCACUGUUGGCUGAUAAGUUAUCAAAUGUCGUUUUCCAAUUAUGUACCAUAUAUUUAAACACUUCAGAAAAUGAAAUUAGAAGACGUAAUUUAAAACAAAGACAAUUAAAUGAAACUAAAAAUGAUGAUACUACUACAAUUAUAAAGACUAUUACCAUCUUGAACAAAAACGCUCGUACAUUGUUAACUAAUUCCAUAGCUAUUGCUCAACGAUCAUGUGGUUUACAAGAAUAUAUACUCGACAAAUUGAAACGUAAUCAUAUAUAUUUGGAGUGUCGAAAUGCUUUAUCUCAAUUAGAGCAAUCUCCAGCAAAUUAA